GAAGUCUACUGUCUGAGAAGGAUAGAGGGAGAGCUUGAAAGUAAGAUAAUAUUUGAGUCCAGCUCCAAAAAGAGAGAUAUCAGAUCAUUCAUUUCCUAUUCCCUUGUGGCUGACGACGAGCGUGCAGCUAUCAUUAUGGUUGGAGAGGAGAAAACAGACGAAAAAAUUGCAGAAAUGCUGCAAUUCGAGGAGUAUUUGUUCAUUGCAAAAAUGGAGGGUUGUGAAUCUCCCCAUCAGUUGGACUGCGAGAUUUGCAUGGAAAAGAAGCCUGCAGGAGAGAUGUUCACAAACGAGACCUGCUCUCACCGCUGCUACUGUCGUGACUGCAUAGGUAAACAUAUAGCAGCAAAAGUUGAGGACAACGUUUACAAGGUGAAAUGCCCGAUGUUGAUAUGCAAGGGGGUGUUAGAACCCAGUUGCUGUCGCUCACUGGUCCCAGAACAAGUGUUUGACCGGUGGGUGAAUCUGCAUAGCGAGCCGUCUGUAACUCCUGAACGUCGAUGGAUUCCUUGUCCUUUCAAGGAUUGCGCCAAGAUGCUGGAGGUAGCCCAAGGAACAGACAUCAAGUGCAAACAUUGCCAGAGAUCGCUUUGCUCUGUUUGCGGGCUUCAGUGGCAUUCAGGCCAUGGAUGUGAGGAGUUUCAGAGGUUGUCUCAUGAGGAGAAAGAUGAUCUCAUGAUGAAGGAGCUUGCCAAGAACAAAGGGUGGGGAGAGUGUCCAGGGUGUGGGAUCUUUGUGGAAAGAGUGGAAGGUUGUUUACGCAUCACUUGCAGAUGCAACAUUGAGUUCUGCUAUAAGUGCCGUUGCAAGUGGACUGAAACUCAUGCUGGGUGCCAAAUGGAGUAAGCAUGGAGAAGAACAGAUCACAAAGGCAAUAUAAAGCAAUUGAAGGUCUGCACAUCUCUCAUGUUGGCUCCUCCAAAUUGCAUAUUCCUAGUAGUUAUGUUGUUUAAACAAUGUUCCUAGUGGUUCUACAUAGUGCUUAAAAUUUACUGUCUGUGUAUCAGUUUUGUAAAGUUAACAACUCUAUAUUUGUAUUUGAAGCUCUAGUUGGUGAAAGAAGUUUCUGUUUCGAGAUAAGAGAAACCUUCUAAAAAGUAAAGAAGGUAGGGUUCGACUAUGAUAGCAGAAAAAUUUGUAACCAAUCAAGUGGCAUUUAUCAAACUUCAUGGGGGGUUUGAUUGGUCAAAGAUCUUCCAGUAUCAUUUCUCUCCGGCAGCAUAGAUUUUCCCCGUAAACUAAUGUGUCUGAAUAUUAACUUUCUACUGUUUUUGUCCUAUCAAUCAACUAUAUCAAACAGACAAUGACAUACCCCAACAACAGUCUCCUUAUUGCUUACAACCCAUGACUGUCUACCAUACUUUAGAGCUAGUUCAGUUGCCUCCUAUUGUCACUCAUCUGACAGCAAGGGCUAACAUCCUUCCUCUGAGGGGUUUUCUUUCAAAGCAUGAAAGCACAUAACUUCCAAUUUUGCUG